GGGCAUCCCCAGGAAGGAAGAAGAGACUGAAGUUUAGAUCACUAUAAGCUAAGGCUUUAUCUGUUGAACACACAGGUAUUCCUGCUUUGGCCCCAUAAAGAUGGAUCCAGGUCACAAGGGUCAUCCUCCUCAUGGUAUGCCACCCCCUGGUCAUGGUCCUGGGGGAAAACAUCCUCCAGGACCUGGUGGGCCACCUCCUGGCCAUGGCCCAGAGCACUGUCCUGGGGGAAAACAUCCUCCAGGACCUGGUGGGCCACCUCCUGGCCAUGGCCCAGGGCACUGUCCCAAGGGAAAACAUCCUCCAGGACCUGGUGGGCCACCCCCUGGCCAUGGCCCAGGGCACGGUGGGCAUCCCCCUGGACAUCACUGAGGAUUCAGAAGAAAAUAGGACACAAGAUGAGGGUCUGUGUGGAUUUCCCCAUUGAACUGGCACUGGACCUGAACCAGAAUCUUCUGUUCCUAAUAAAGAACCUCUUG